AUGGCCUCCGACAAGGCUGAAAAGAAGCGCAAGCGCGCCUCAGACCGUCAUGAACGCCCUACCAAGAAGCCUGCACUGGACCUACAAAGCCUGCCUCCACUAUCUGCCAGCUUGAUCCACGACGACAAUGAGCUCGCCCCAGUACUGCUCAACACCCCUGGUGUCACUUCACAACCCAACAUCCGCCUAAACCCAUACCUGAAAACCCGCAGCCACAGUUCUACCCAUCAUUCGGGCAAUGAUGGGAUUGCAUCGACAGAGUUACUGCUGCAGUCUUCUGAGCACCCGAAGCUGGACUUUAUCGGCCGGGAAGCAAACGACGAUGCGGACUCCCAGUUGAAGCACUACGUUGCCGUUGUGGACCCCGCGAGCAAGACAUGGGAGUUUGUCGAGAUCAGACGGGUCACGCUCCGCGGCGCAGUCCGGAAGGCUGCUGAGACGGAAGAAGAAGAGGAGGAGAGCGAGGAUGAGGAUACCAAAACCAUGCGCGAGCAAAGAAACGACCUUACAUACACCUUCGGUACUAAAAAAUCCCGCAAGGCAACGCAAUCCCAGGCCGAAAACGCCCAGCUCUCCAACGCGCCUUCCGGCACCGCAACAGCCGCCGAGUCCGCCCUCCUCAGUUCCAUGCCGGCCGAAUCCGCCCUCGACAUUGCCGCCAAAUCCGCCGCCGUGCAAGCCGAAGUCCAAGCCGCGAAGCCCCUGCCUCAAGCAAACCUCGACGCAAAACACCCCUCGGAAGUCUACCCGCUCGAAACCCUCAUCCCCAACGGCAAUGCCACCCUCCGCCAACUGCCCAUCAAGGACUGGCAGGAUACGAUCUCCGCGGGUCUCACAGUCGCCACGACCUCGCGGUACGUCUCCUCGCGCAUCGACGAUAUCGUCGAGUCCGGAAACACAACGUACCUCCAGAUUCUGCGCUUCAUCCUCGUUCUCCUCGAGCUUGCGCGCGCUCUACGCUCGGGCAAGGGCCGCGGCAACAAGCGCCUUCCCAGCCGCGACGACCUCCGCCGCAUCCUCUCCGGCGGAUCGAAAUCCUCCUCAGACAACUCAACCGACGAUCUCUCCUCCUCACAAUCUACAAUCCCCGACCCGAUCAUCGACGGCAUCCGCCGCAAGUUCGCUCCAAAUGGCUCAACCGUCUCCCCGAACGAUAUUUUGCUCCUCGAAACUACUAUCUGCGCGCUGACGCUCCAUCUCCCGCCUCAGCCUGUCAAGGAUGGCGUUCCCACGCCAAAUGGCGGCAAUUCGCCUAAUGAGAUGGCCACGGACCCCUCCGAUCUGCGCGAUGAUCUCCAGCUCGAUAAUGCGAAGAUCACGCAGUAUUUCCGCGAGUUGGGAUGUAGGGUUGACAAGCCGAGGGAGACGGAGUUCGCUAAGUUUGGUAUCCGGGGUGGAAAAGCUGAGGCUGCGACGAGGAGGGUUGCACGUCUCAAGAUUCCCGUUGAGUUUCCGAAGGUUAGUCGGGCUGGGGGGAGUAGGAGGUAG